AUGCUCCAGGCGACGGUCCUGGGCUCUGGCCUCUCCCCAGGCCAUGUCCUGCAUGCGCGUGCAAGCACGCGCGCGCGGGACGACCCGUUCCCUACCUUACAUUCUGCGCCCGUCCACCUCCUCGCCCAGCCGCGAUACCUCCUCCCUUCAUCGGCUGCAGGACCCUCCAGCUCAAACACCAGCUCGUCUUCCUCCUCCCGCGUACCACUCAGCACCUCCAAGCUGCACUCUUCCGCCCUCGAUGGUGACGAGGCGCUGACAUGGUGCGCCAGCGAGGUGACUUGGUCGCGCGGCGCCGAGGUGGUCCGCCGGUUCACCUACGAGCAUGAGCGGACUGGGGUCGACUGUGCGGCCUUUGCGUGGUUUGACGACGUCGAGUUGACGGGAAAGACUGGCGGCCGGCCAUCGUCGCCCGUGUCACCUGCGGGAUCGAGCUCGAGCGGAUCAACACCAGCUCUGAACGGACCACCACAACUACCAUCAGCGUCCUCUUCGGAUCCCACAUUCGGCCCGUUCCACACAUCCCAGAACGCGUCGUGGUCGCCACAGCCCUGCCCCCGCGAGAGGCAGCAUGGGAUGUCUCGUGCCAUUGUCGUCUUCCUCCGUGGCAGUGCGCGCAUCUACUUUGCUACUGGCGAAGAGUUUGUCGUUCACCUCCCCUUUGUGGUGGAUGGCUGCUGGGCCUUGCCAACUGGCGGCCUGCUCAUCCAGCGCGCUCUCGAGGCGAGGGAGAAGCUCUCGUCAAGAAGAAACCGCCAGUCGUCCAUGUUUGACCGUACGGCCAUGAGCGUCCUCGACGACUUGGACGAGGAGCCCGACAUGCCCCUUCCCCGCCUGUACACUAUUACGGACCGGUACGGCGACCUCAACGCCGUGGUCCAGGCGCCAGUUCGACACUUGGGCGAUGUUCCGCGUCUGGCUCCCAACGCGCCCACAAGCUCCAUUCCGCCUUCCCAGACCGUUCUGUACGUUGCGCCAGACCCGUACCCCUUCGUCGUCGUGUACGACCGUCAGGACGGCCAGAUCAUCUUUUACCGUCGCAACAUUGUCCCCCUCGAGUCUGAGGAUACCCCGGCUCCCCCACCACCCGUGACCUCUCUUCGCCCCGACGAGCUCCUUCGGCAAGCGGACGUCUCACUCGCGGCGUCUACGCGGCGCAGCGGGCGCGCAUCCCUCAACCGCACCACGGCCGCUGAACGCCGUAUCUCGAUUGUCGGACCGGACCCGCUCGACCGUACACGUCGACGGACAUCACGCCUCUCCGCCGCCAACGAUGAAGAGUUUGGCUUGCCAGCAUUUGUGCUUCCCAACACUACUGUCGAGGGCGCACGACUGUCCCGUGGCAGUGGAGGACCCGAGGGUGGUGCCAAGGGCCGCCGCGUCAGCGGGACCAGCAUGCGUGAGGACCCCUUCGAAUUUGGCAAGACGGCUCUCGCUGUCGUAGCGGAGGACCUGCGUGAGACAACCAUGAUGAUGGGUCUUGAUCGCGAAGAGGUUCGGCGUUCAGAGAUUGUCUUGGAAAGGAUUUGGACAUGGCGUCCGCCAGGUCCCAUCGACCCUUCCUCCGCCCACAUCUUUCUGUCCGAGAACCGCUCACCUGAGUUCAUCCUCCUCAACCUCGUCCUCAACGUUGACGGGUACUCGACCACCCUGUACACUUUCCACGUGGCAAAGUCCAACUGGCGCUACGUCUUCCACGAGCUCCGCGAGGUGCCAUGUCUCGCCGCACAGCCUAUCAUUGCCACUCGCUCGGACGUGCUCGACACGCUCGUCCUCACUGUUGAGGGUGCACGCCUCCUCUCUGCUUCGGGACACGAGACUCCAAUCGACAUUCCACGCGUGCCAACUAUUGACGGAAGGGACGAAGUGGCGCGUCAGCUCGCGUCGAGUCUCAGCAUGGUGCUUGACGGCGACGGCGCGACGUUGUCACGCAGGAGUGUAGUCGACCUUGUUGACCCCUCUGGAUCCCGCGUGACCGUGGUAUACAACGACGGAGAGCGCGUCCGUGUCUCAUUUGAUUUUACGCUACAGCCUGGUCUCCCGCGUCGUGCGCUGGAGGCGCUCUCGUAUGCUCUCUCGCCUGAAGAGUACGCCGAGCUCUCAGAGACAUACCUCCAAGAGCUGCAAGCACGUCCUGCCCCCGAGCGCCUGGAUCUGGGAUGCCAGUGGGAGACGUUUGCCGAGGUCUUGUGCACCAAAUGUGGACUGGCACCUGCCACCCCAACCGAUAGCCGUAGCAAGAUGCUUUCCGCCUGGACAACCCAAUCUGACCCCAUUCUUCGCCUCCUCGCCCAGCGAGUCCAGGCUUCCAGCUCUCGCGCGCCUGAGCCAUCUUCUGUCAUCACCCCUGCGACUUGCACACCGAGUGCUCUCCUUGCCCUUCAUUUCGUAGCACAAGAUUGUCGACUGUCGUGCACAUCGGAGCCAGAGCUCAGCCUCAUCGCCCCCGUCAUCGCCCGUCUGGCGGCUGCCGUUGGCCGCAUGGACUGGGUCGACUAUUGGCGUCGCCUGAUGCCCUCGGCUCUUGCGGGGGUGGUGCUCACACAACCUGCAGUAACUGUUGACACGUCGGUCCUCGACGCAUACAACGAGCCCGCCGAUGUGCUCUUGUAUCUCGGCCGUCGACUGGUGUGGCCCACCAAGCCAUUUCCUUGUCCCCAAACGGCAUUUGGUCAGCCCUCGCCCCUUGGCUCACCGUCGCCGUGCAGCCAGACAGAGCUGCUCUCGGCAAUCUACGCGCGCAUGACCCCACCAACCGACAAGCGUUCACCUAGUAGCACCGAGAAGCGUGCGCUCGCGGUGGUGUCGUUCAUUGUCGACAGCGGACUAGACGCCAGCUGGCUUGCGGACCUUCCACCGUCUGUCGGCGUGCCCAUUCUCGAAAUGAUCCGCGUGUGCCAGCUCAAACCGCCCAAGGACGGUUCCGAGGCCAUUUUCACAUUUAUUGGCCGCGAGGACCUGGCCGCAAUGUACACGGAACGGGUCACGGUCGACUUGCCAAUGGGCGCCGAGGAUGGUCCUGACGAUCCACCGACAGUAGCCCAGCUCAUGAACGCCGACGCGUCCAACAAGCACUCCCACUUUGCCGCCCUGCCUCAUGUGCGGUUUGGUCUCGACAAGCGACUGGACGAGGUGGACCGCAUCAUGCAGACUACGCGACAGAGGACGAUCACUGUCGACGCACCCAAGGGUUCAAGCGAGGGAGACGUACAAAACUACCAUCAGAGUGUCGUCAACACGAUUGCCCACCGCACAUUGGCGGUUACUGUCGGCCAGGGCAUGUUCAUGUAUGGCUCGCGUACAGCCCCCAUCACCGACGCCUGGCAGAUUCCUCUCAUCGAGCUUGCUGUCAAGGUCAUUCCCGGUAACAAUGUGCUCAAGGCCCAGCUGCCCGACGGUGCCGAGUGGCCGUGCUUCCACAACGGCGUCAGUGCCGCCCUCUCCAUCUCGCCAGAGUGCACUGGCAUCACCGCCAGCUGGAUCUCCUUCAACCGCCCCAACCCGCUCAGCGCCGAGCACGGCGGUUUCCUCCUCGGUUUGGGUCUAAUGGGUCACCUACGUCUCAUCAACUCGACCCAGGCGUUCAGCUACCUCGAGCCCCGGCACGACAUUACCUCUGUCGGUCUCUUGCUCGGUAUUGGUUCAAGCUUUGCUGGCUCGCGCGAUCAGAUGGUCACCAAGCUCCUGAGUCUGCACACGCACGCUCUCUUGCCUAUGGGCGCCAUGGAGCUCAGCCAAUCAGCCAUUGUUCAAUCGGCAGCGCUGGUGGCCCUUGGCCUCGUUUAUGUCGGCUCCAAGAACCUUCGCAUGGCCGAGAUGGCGCUGGGUGAGAUUUCUCGCAGCGACAUGCACGGUGUGGAAGGGUUUUACGACCAUCGCGAGGCAUACAGCUUUUCGUCUGCCAUGGCGUUUGGUCUCAUCAUGCUCGGCCGCGGAGGGCAGGAGACGAGCGAGGUGGAGCGCAAGAUGCUCGCGCAGCUCAACCUCCUCAUCCACGGUGACGCGCCAGAUGUCCUUGGCAUGCCCGGCAAACGCAGGACGAGCAAUAUCGACCCGACCAUUACGUCGCCUGGUGCCACGCUGGCCCUCGGACUCAUGUAUCUCAAGAGUGGACGCAAGGAUAUUGCCGAUAUGCUCGAGAUCCCGCAGACUGAACUGGAACUGGAAAGCGUCCGCCCCGACCAGCUGCUCGUCCGUACGUUUGCGCGCGCGCUCAUCAUGUGGAACGACGUCAAGGGUACCACUGAGUGGGUCGACGCCCAGCUCCCGCCGUUUAUCCGGGAACUGCACAACGACCACAAGCGGAAUGGCAUGGAGCUCAACACCGAGCUUGCCUACCUGAACAUUAUCGCUGGUGCAUGUCUGGGUCUCGGAAUCCGGUACGCCAGUGCGGCCAACGAGGCCGUCCACCAUGUCAUCAUCAAAUUCUUCAGCGUGGUGGGCAAGGCGGUUGGCGGCCAGAGCAUGACCUACGAAGCCAAGAUUCGCCGCAAUGCAGCGCGGCAGGCGCUCAACGUCGUGACCAUUGCCGCUGCUGUUCAGAUGAGUGGCACGGGUGAGCUCAACGUGACGAGGCGACUGCGCGUGAGUCACGGUCAAGAAGGUGCGUCGGUCAACUAUGGCUCGCAUAUGGCCAUGCACAUGGCUCUGGGUCUCCUCUUCCUCGGCCGCGGAUACUUUACACUUGGCAACUCCAACCUCGCGAUUGCGGCCAUGAGUAUCGCCUUUUUCCCGCGCUUCCUCUCGUCACCAGGCGACAACAGGGCCUACCCCCAGGCCUUUAGACACUUGUGGGCUCUGGCCGUCGAACCCCGCUGCCUGAUUGCGCGCGACGUGGACACUCGCAAGUCCAUCUUCCUCCCCAUCAAGGUCAAGGUGCGCGGCAAGCCGGGAGACAACAGCUUGAUAUCGCCGACGCUUGUUGCGCCCUUUGAGAGCGUCGAGUGCAUCACCGUCGACUCGCCGCGCUACUGGCCCGUCGUGUACAACCUCAACAACCCGCGCGACCGCAACAGUCUGGUCCGCACGCGUACUAUCUGGGUUAAGCGCAAGACGGGUUUCCUGGACUAUUCAGCCGACCCGCGAGGCUACCGCUCCAUGUUCGUGCGUGCUGGGACCAUGAGUGGGUUCGAUAUGCACUACGACCUCAUCUCGCCCGCCGCCCCCCUGGCUUUACCGCCCGCCGAGGGCAUUGAUCUCAUCUCGAGUCACACGGACGACCCCGUCUUUGUGGCUCUCGCCGAGCGUUUCUCGGGCGAUACGUGGUUUGAGAGUUUUGUCCGCUGUGUGCUCUUUGAGUGUCUCUCCCUCGACAAGCCCAACAUGCUCAGCAUGUACCUCGGCCUCGGGUUGGGCCUGCAAGCGCGCGACGACCUCAGUCUCGAGCGCGUUGCCCAGGCCGCCUUCCUCAACAAGUUCUACCGGCCGGGCGUCUACGACAAGCUCUACGUCUCGAGCACGACGAGUUCAGACAAGCGCCACCCGAUCGUGCGCCAGACGUUCAUCCAGGCCAUCACUCGUCGACUCGCUGCGCUCGGCACUGGUGCUGGUUCUGGUUCAGGCUCCGGGUUCCUCGGGAUGGGCUCGACCGACGCCCCGCCCUCGCGCGCAGAGUACUUUGCCGGCCUCCCGCUUGCUCUCCACCCAACUGAGGCGGCGGCGCUCGCGGCCUACCUGGCGCGCAACAAUGUCCCACCUCUGCGUCUCCUCGAGGCGCUCCGUGACCGUGUCAGCCUCGUCGCGGAUGACCCCGUGCAGAUGGGUCUGCUCGAGGUCAAGGCCCGUGCGGCAGCUGAGCGUUAUUGGUCGGCCGUGAUGGACCAGUAUGACGAAGUGGAGGAGGGGCCGACGGAAAGUGGGCUGUGGAAGUUGGAUAGUCUGCACGAGGCGUUGGAGGUGUGGACUAGUGGUGGUGUUGCCUAG